UGGGCAUUGCGAGAAAUACCCUUACUCCCAGAUAAACAUUUGCCACUAUUUUCUGAUCAAUUUCUCAUCCUCUCUCUCUCUCUCCCCCCUUCUUUCUCUUAGGGUUCGUGAACCCCCACCGAUCAAUGGAGAACAACGCCCAAUCAUCAGGUGGCGGCCCUCCACCAAAACCAUGGGAAAGAGCUGGGUCUUCCUCUGGACCCGCACCUUUUAAACCAUCCUCUCCUGGUAACACAAGUGAUGUAGUAGAAGCUUCUGGAACAGCUCAGCCUGGUGAAGUUGUUUCAACUACAGAUAGGAGUGCAGCUGUUAAUAGGAACACACUGGGGAGACCUGUCCCUACUAGGCCUUGGGAACAGCAGACAUAUGGAAGCACCUACGGAGGUUAUGGUUCAGGUUUGAAUUAUAAUUCUGGAUAUGGAAGUGGGACGUAUGGUUCGUACGGGGGAAUGGGAGGGACAUAUGGUGGUGGGUUGUAUGGAAAUAAUAUGUAUAGAGGAGGUUAUGGUGGACUCUAUGGAGGGGGCAUGUAUGGUGGGGGAAUGUAUGGUGGUGGUUUUGGAGGUCCAAUGGGAGGCUAUGGAAUGGGCAUGGGGGGUCCUUUUGGUGACCAGGACCCGAACAAUCCGUUUGGAGCUCCUCCUUCUCCACCAGGUUUUUGGAUUUCGCUAAUGCGAGUGAUGCAAGGUGUAGUGACUUUCUUUGGACGUGUUGCAAUGUUGAUUGACCAGAAUACGCAGGCAUUCCAUAUGUUCAUGACUGCCCUUCUUCAGCUAUUUGAUAGGUCCGGAAUGUUAUAUGGAGAGCUUGCCAGAUUUGUCCUUAGAAUAUUGGGAGUGAAAACAAAACCACAGAAAGUUCAUCCUCCCGGCGUCGAAGGUCUUCCUGGACCUCACAAUGCCCCAGGAAGGCAAAGCUACAUUGAAGGACCUAAGCCUGCUCCUAGUGGCGCCUGGGAUGGUGUAUGGGGUGAUGCACAGUAAAUGAUCUGAUUUUAUGAGUUUCGUCAUCGUCUUCUAGUGUAGCUGAUGAGAAUGGACUCCGAGUCUGUGGAAAGAUGCAAGAUGCAGACAAAAGAAAGCGGAUGAUGCUAUUUCCUGGAUGUAAUUACACCAUAAUAGAAUAGUAAUCCGCUUGAAAUAAUAAAAGCUGCCGCCACCACACCUCCCCCAACCCAAAACCCCUGGCCCUCUGCUAUGAAAGAAGGAAAAAAAAGUCCUUGUGUGUAAAACUCUGCUACUAUUAGUUGAAUGUGUUUUCUUGUUGAAACUAUGAACAAAUCUUACAGAAGAAAGGGACAUAUAUUAAUGUAAUAUCUUCGUGUAAUCGUACUAUAUUUUGUUGAAGCCAUUAAAGGAGUAAAAUUGUUUCUCUGA